UUUUUUGCCACCCAAACGCGCUUGGGAUUUAUAAAGCUGACAGCUAAUAAUUGGGUCGUCGUCAAAAUUUCUAUUAGUAUCGUUUUUUUUUUUUUUACAAAUUUUGGCCGAAUAAUCAGAUGAAGCAUUUAGCCUAAAGACGAAGCUGCUCUUAACCCGCACUGAAAGAAGCGCCCAUUGUUUUGCAGAGCCAGCUGCAGAGGGCCUGGCCCCAAAAACAAAAGAAUUCGCUGAAUCGCAAACGGGGUAGGCAGAAGCAGGAUGUCGAACCUAUCCGUGGGGCAGAUGAUCAUGGAUGCGCAACGCAUGGCCAGCCGGGUCAAGGACCUGGACGCCCUGGGCACGGCGCUCCUGGAGGAGGCAGAAACCAAUAAUCGGUUGGUGGAGAGCCUGCGGCAGUACCAAGACGACAUCGAAUCCCUCAACCGCAUCUCAAACAACAAGACUAACGCGGACAUGGUCAAUCGCAUCCAACAGCAGAACAUCAACAGUUCGGAGAUCCUCAAGGAGAAUCGCGAACUGAAGAUCUGCAUCGAGGACUACGAGCGGGUCAUGGAACUGAUGAUGCAAAAGUACCGCGAGCACACCGUCUCCAAGGUGCUGGACAGCAAGUUUAGCUUCAAGGAGCUGUACAAUGAGCGCAUGUGGCAGGUGAUCCGGGAGCAGCGCGAGAAGAUCAACGAAAUGGCCGCUGUGAUGCAGCGAGCAGCCAGCAUUGAUGACGGGGUGGUGCAGCGGGAGCUGCAGACCAUCUCUCAGCUGCGCCUAGAGAACGAGACAUUACGCGAGCUGCUUCAGAUCUCCAAGCAGUACGGCUCAUCCCAGCGUCCAAUACGCGAGAGCGACCAUCUGCUGGAGGAGAAGGCGGUGCAGACGGACAGCCUAGCGGACGACUCCGCCGACGACCUGUCCAUUUCGGGUGCCUCGGUGGAAAACAUGAACAACAACUCGGUCAUUCAAAUGUACAGCAGCCCGGAGCAGGCGGCGAAGACCGCCAGCACCACCAACUCAUUCACCACUGCCCCAGUUCAGAGUCAAAGUGAGAUACAAGCACCACCCGUUGCGGUAAUCGAGACGGCGGCGCCGGUGGAUCCGUUGGUUGCUAACGACAACAACAAUGGACCUGCAGUCAAUCCAAUCAGUACCCCGCCACCAGCGACGACGCAAAACGAUUCUGGCGAGGAUCAGGCUGCUGCGACCGCAACAUGAUAGGCCCAGGUGCUUCACGUUGUUGCUUCAUUUGGUCUUCAGUUCGAUCACUGCGCUGUUGCAUCGUAUUUACUCACCCACUCACAAAGCAGCCCGAAUAUAAAGAGGGGCACUCAUAACCUGCAUUAGCUCUUAGCGAUUGAUAAUCUCUAAGUAAUUUAUACAUACGCAUUACCGUUUAAUGUCCAUACGCAUUGUAAACAAUGAAGUUCAUAAGAUCAACCCACUCACACACACAAAUGUAAUGUACAAUGUACUCUGUCGAUUUUAUGAUUUCUAAAUAAAUUCCAUAACAAAUCGAGGAUUAA